AUGCCUAUCGCCAUCUCUCCCUCAACAGUCAAGGCCGCCGCCGAGUCUGGCCUGCCUGCUUCGCAAAACAAGAAGCGCAAGAUCAUCUGCUUCUCAGACUUUGACGGAACAAUCUUCAUGCAGGACACCGGCCACAUCCUCUUCGACGCCCACGGCUGCGGCUCCGAGCAGCGCGAGAUCCUCGACGAGCAAAUCAAGUCCGGCGAGCGCUCCUUCCGCGAUGUAUCCGAGGAGAUGUGGGGAUCCCUCAACGUCCCCUUUGACGACGGCUUCGAGGUGAUGGAGAAGAAGCUCGAGAUCGACCCGGCCUUCCAGGAGUUCCACAAGUACUGCAUCGCCAACGAGAUCCCCUUCAACGUCAUCUCCGCCGGCCUCAAGCCCAUCCUCCGCCGCGUCCUCGACACCUUCCUCGGCGAGGACGCCUCGGCGCACAUUGACAUCGUCGCCAACGAGGCCGAGAUCACCGACGACGGCUCCGCCUGGAAGCCCAUCUGGCGCCACGACAACGAGCUCGGCCAUGACAAGGCGCUCUCCAUGGGCGAGGCCCGCGAGCAGGCCGAGAUGGCGUGCGAGGACGGCACCAUCCCCCUCAUCGUCUUCAUCGGUGACGGCGUCUCCGAUCUGCCUGCCGCGCGCCAGGCCGACGUGCUGUUUGCGCGCCGCGGCCUGCGUCUGGAGGAGUACUGCGUCGAGAACUCCAUUGCCUACAUCCCCUUUGACACCUUUGCCGGUAUCCAGACCGAGAUCCAGCGCAUCCGCGACGAGGACGACAAGAAGACGGGCGGAAAGGGUAUGCCCGCCGCCUUCAACCCGCGCGCCAACAUGUGGAGACGCAUGUCGAGCAAGUCGGCGAUCCCCAAGCUCGUCGCCAUCACGCCUGCCGAGGAGAAGAUGUUCCUGUGGCCCGAGGUGUUCAGCGUUGCCACGCCCAGUAUCGAGAAGGCCAACAUUGCUCCCGUCUUUGCUUAG